AUGGCGAAAGCACCAACACCUCGCUGCAUCAUUGUUCGUCACGGACAAACCGAAUGGUCCAAAUCUGGCCAAUACACAGGACUCACGGACCUACCAUUAACUGAAUAUGGUGUGGGCCAGAUGAAGAGAACAGGUGAAUCGAUAUUUCGCAACAAGUUUAUCGACCCCAACCAAAUCACUUACAUUUUUACGUCUCCCAGAAUCAGAGCCAAAAAGACAGUAGAACUCAUUUUAGAGAACUUGACCGAGGAGCAAAGAACCAAUAUUCGGGUGGUGGUCGAUGAGGACCUUAGAGAAUGGGAAUACGGUGACUAUGAAGGUCUUUUGACCGAGCAGAUCGUGCAAUUGCGUAAAUCACGCAAUUUGGACCAGAACAGACCCUGGAAUAUCUGGAGAGACGGUUGUGAAAACGGCGAAACGACCGAGCAAAUCGGACUCAGACUUUCGCGAGUCAUUGGCCGGAUCCAGAAUCUGCACAGGAAACACCAAGAAGAAGGAAUCGCUUCAGACAUCAUGGUAUUCGCCCACGGUCAUGCUCUACGUUACUUUGCAGGUCUUUGGUUGAGAAUGGGCGAAGAGAAACAAUGCGACGGCCAAGAGCCCCAGCCACCCACUUACCAAGACGAUACCGUGCCCUUCAUUUCGUUGAAAUCUUACCGUCAUCUUGUUGAUAACCCAAGUUUCCUACUUGACGCUGGUGGUAUUGGUGUUUUGUCAUAUGCGCAUCACAACAUUGACGAGCCAGCGCUGGCUUUGGCCGGUGCCUUUGUGUGUCCUCCAGAGGAGGAAUCUCAGCACGGGUCAACUGCUAAGUAG